UUGCAACCAAAAGCGGACCAGAACACGUCUCAUGGCCGGUAUCAGGAGUAUUCUGUGCCUCUGUACAAGCGUCCAGACGUCCAGAUCGAGGACCCCUCAAUGCCUGUUUACCUUCGCCAUCAGGAUGGACCGAAACGCAUCCUUGGCCCGAGUUCUGCCUCUAGUACUUCGCCUCCAUAUGCCAGUACUCAUCCAUCCAAUCAUAUCGAGUUCGUUGGCGACUAUGUUGGCAGUCUCAGCUCUGACCUUGGCUCGCCCAUAUCCACUGGUAGUUCAGGCGGCAUCGACGACCUCCUCUCACCAAACGCUGCCACCUCUGCCACUUCCACCUCGUUAUCCGGUAGGCCACGCCGCCAUGGCACUGAAGGAGGGGUGGCUUUUGCCGAGACUCCCUACGAACAUCGAGUUGUUGGUGAUAAGGAGCAGGAGGAAGAUGAGGAGCAGGCUUAUAGCAGCGGUGGGGUCGAGCUUAAAAUCGUUUUGGAAUUCAUGGUGAAUUCCCAAAGGCUGUUCACAUCUUCCAUUCGGCACUGGUUCUUUCUGUUAUUUUUGACAUGGCAGGAGGAGAUCGACACAAUUACCAAAUCUGUGGCCUUUAGCGACGAGGUAAUCGACAAUGAGGACAACGCGAGCCUGAAGUUAAUUCGACGUGAUACCCCGCAUUACACCAAACGCGCCCGCAUUCACAUGAAUAAUGAGGAGGCUGUGCUCAAACUGUUGAAAAAGUAUCACGACCCCUCUGUAGUGGACGCCUUCGCAGACGGUAAUGCUCCAGAAAACAUGAAGGUGAGCGCGCAACCGCCGGCGGCAUUCUCAUCCCUCCUCCUCUUGUCCAUGUGCUUAUUCUUUAUUCUUCUCGGUUUAAAACUCCAGACUACCAACGCUCUCCUCAUGGUUGCUGCAGCAGCCGCUGCAGCAUCGGGAAGUGGCGGUGGACCAGGAGUAUCAACGCACUCGCCCUUUACUGCGGAUUCUCAGGUCACCUCGUCGUCUUUGUCAGCACCUACGUCGCAGCAACCACCACCGCCGAAAACGGAACAGGUCACCCUCCACGUAACCCUGGAGCGUGUGCCAGGCGGUGGUUUAGGUCUGAGUAUCGCAGGAGGCGUUGGCUCGGUGCCCUUUCGUGGUCUUGAUCAAGGUAUCUUCGUCAGCCGACUGGCCUCUGGUGGUCUUGCUGAAACCUCUGGUUUGAAAGUUGGCGAUAAAUUACUCGAGGUAAACGGAGUGAGUAUGGUUAACGUGGAGCACCAAGUGGCAGUGAGUGCACUCCGAACCGACGCGACGCGGUUCAAGCUCCUCCUCUGCCGCGAAGUGCCCGUAAUCAUUCAACCUCCACCCAGCGAUACUGACGCACCGACUCCCAACACUUCUCCAACUGUUGCCCCUAGAGCAGCAACACCACCACCCUACGUGGCGAAUCCGCAAAGAGCGCAUAAUCUAUCCUCUAGUCUACUCAACACCACUUCCCUAGGUCGCAAUAUCCCCAACGCCACUGUCCCGUUCGUGCAAGCCGCUCCCAUGGCCAUGCAGUUGAUUAAAUGCACGCUGCAUCGUGAUUGGAGUGGAUUAGGAUUCAGCAUUGCUGGUGGUCGCGGUCUUCUCGGUCCACAAGCUGACACAUCGACCAUCUACAUUAGUCGGAUUGUGGAGGGUGGUGCCGCUGAUAAGGCGGGGAAUUUGCGCGUUGGAGAUCAGUUAUUCAAGAUAAACGGCAUUGAUGUGCGGAAUGCUCGGCACGACCAGGUGAUAACUCUGCUCACGGGUGCUGGACCAAACGUGGAGCUAGAAGUACUGCGCAAACUCACUACGCCUAAUGCUCCAAAUGUCUCCUACAUCUCUGCAGGCCCGGGCGAAGGUAGCCUCUCACACACCCCUUCAUUGGUCGAUGGGCCACAGUUCUUGCGCAAAGAAGAAGGUCUGGACGUCUAUCGAGUCACCCUUAGGCAUCGACCCGGCAAGAGCCUUGGUCUACGUAUCUGUGGUGGUUGCGACACCUCGUCCUUGCCCUUUGGUGGUGAUUCUCCUGGUGUCUUCAUUUGCCGACUACAAGAAGAGGGAGAAGCAAAAGAGGCCGGUCUUCGUGUGGGAGACCGCCUGUUGAGCGUCAAUGGCAGAGACUUACGUAGAGUGAGCCACGAUGAAGCGGUGGCAGCUCUCAUGCCCUCCGGCGUUGCGGAAGAAUCCUUGCUACUUGAAAUCCGACGCGACCCCUCUCCUCCUGGUCUACGGGAGGUAGUGAUUACCUGCCCUUCAGAAGAGCCAGUGGGUUUGAGUUUGAUGAGUCUUCGUUCCGCAGUCCCUUCGCCGACUCAUUUUUGUAAUCAAAGUGGUGAAAAAUCUGUGAAUGAAGAAACGGAGGGGAUUUUUGUGCGCCAUAUCGUCCCAGACAGUCCCAUUGCUCGGGAUGGUCGAGUGAAACCCGGAGAUCGCUUGUUGGUGGCAAACUCAGAGUGGGUGAUGAGUCUAGAGCCUCAGGAAUUGGCAGAGGUACUCCAUCCGCAGGAGGGUACCUUAACCCUGACCAUUUGUGAUGGAAUUGACAUCUCAAGUUUUGGUGAAGUCUUCUCCUCGAGACAACCCGUUUUUAGUAACCUCUCUUGUCAUCUCAUUGAUUGCGAUGGCAAAGUUCAGGAAUGUGUUCGACCCCUCAAGUUUCUUUACUGUGAAGCUGUAGUUUUCGUUUACUUCAUUGAAUUCGCCUAUAGGACUGAUGAUGAUAGGCCAUAUCUUGGCGAAAUGGUCGAACACAUUCGUCCUUUGAUUGAAAAGUCACCAGGCGAAGGAUCCCGUCCCUUAGUUGUUCAAAAGUGUGUGUCCCUCUCGCGUAAGCAGUCGCCACCGAAGAUGCUCAAACUACGUUCGCCAGCUUCUUCGAUGUUAUCAUCUCCUGUUGAGAUGAAAAACAUCCUCGUUCCAUCCACCGAUGUUGCGAAUCGCUAUUCUGUUGUUGAGAGUAGUAAAGGUGCUUUGACCUCUCCAUAUAGAGUCAACACAAAGCACCUUUCGACACAACUGCUAUCCAAUGAGGAUUCAAAGUUGGAUAGCUUUGUUAAUGUCAACAGGCCUGCAGUGCGAGCUGCUAGUCGACCCAAAAGAGCCAUUUCAGCGGCCCUCAUGGAACGCAUUCGUCGAUGGCAGGCUGAUAGAGAUCGUGCUGAGGGCAUAACACGACCCCCACAGCUUAGAACUCCUCGCUUUGCUGUUCGUGCGGCUACUGUAAGCAGUGGCAUCAGUGAGGCUAGUUUUACUGCCUCAGAGAAGCCUUUGGAGCCAUGUGUUAUUGAGGACAACCAUCAUCACCUACACCAAUGGCAAAAAGAGAAGCUUGGAGGGUCACUUUCGCGCUCUCUUUGGGAACAGAGUACUUCCAGCGAAAGUGAGGAGACAGAUGACGUCUCCUCCAUGGUUCCAGUGGUGGCACAAUUCAUUGAGGUUCAGAGCAAUCCAACACUCCAUGGUUCGCCAUUGAAUAGUGUCUCCACAAACUUUUGCGGUUGGCGACCGAAGUGUGCAAAUGUUCCGGGAGAAUCCGUUAAGACAGAGGUAGUACACCUCCCAAGUUUCGUGGUUCGGAAGUGUUUAUACACUGGUCUCUUUUACAUUCGUUGA